CUACCUCCAACUAUACAAAAAAUAAUAAAGGGAUACAACAAGUAUCUACGUCCGUUUUUUGAUAAUGGCCCUGUGUCUGUUGGAAUGAGUCUGGAUAUUGCAAGCAUUGAUACAAUAUCAGAAAUAAAUAUGGACUACACAGCUACCAUAUUUCUAAGGCAGCGAUGGACUGAUGAGAGACUUUGUUUCAAUGGUAAUAAGAGUUUAAGCUUAGAUGGUCGGCUUGUGGAAAUGCUUUGGGUACCGGAUACCUUCAUAGUUGAUUCAAAAAAGUCUUUUCUUCAUGAUAUCACUGUUGAGAAUCGUCUUAUAAGAAUAUACCCUAACGGAACAGUCUUGUAUGCUCUGCGGAUCACCACAACUGUUGCAUGCAGCAUGGAUCUGACCAAAUAUCCGAUGGAUAAGCAGACGUGUACUUUGCAACUGGAAAGCUGGGGUUAUAACAUCAACGAUGUCAUGUUUUACUGGACUAGAGGAAAUGAUUCAGUUAGAGGUCUGGACGCACUACGACUGGCACAAUAUACAGUAGAAGACCACUUUACCUCUGUAUCCGAAGCGGUCUAUGAGACAGGACGCUACCCAAAACUAGUGUUUCACUUCGAACUCAAGAGAAACAUCUUGUAUUUCAUACUAGAGACAUAUGUACCAUCAAUCCUACUGGUUGUGCUCUCCUGGGUAUCGUUUUGGAUAAGCCAGUCAUCGGUUCCAGCCAGAAUCUGCAUAGGUGUUACCACAGUCCUUACUAUGACAACACUGAUGAUGGGAGCCAGGACUUCACUCCCCAAUGCUAAUUGCUUUAUUAAGGCAAUUGAUGUUUACCUCGGUAUCUGCUUCAGUUUCAUCUUUGGAGCACUGCUAGAGUAUGCUGUGGCUCAUUUCUGCACUCUGCAUCGACUCAGUUCAAAGGAACUUCAAAAGGAUAAGGAUGAAGAGGCUGAAGAAGGGAGGAAUGGAGUCCUGGCAGCAGUCGCUAACAGUUGCACUGCCCCUGACAAUAUGAACAAGAUCGAUUCAGACAAGAGCAGCAAAACCAGCAUUGACGGAAAAAGGGAGAGAAGUAAACACGAUGGGUGUACUUCACCAAUGUCAGUAAUGAAAAGACUUUUCUGUAUCUUUGAUUGCUUCCAUGUUAAAAAUCCUUACCACAUAGACAACUAUGCCAGAUUUUCUUUCCCUUUAUCAUUCAUCAUAAUUAAUGUAUUUUAUUGGGUAUAUUAUUUGUAUUUCUAA